GUCCUGUCAAAUUGCCUUUAGUUGGCAACUCUAGACAUAAAUUGUCAAAAAGAAAAUUUCGCUAUGGCUUCCUCAUAUUCAUAUCCUGAAUUAUUUUUGGCGGGUUUUAUAUUCACCUUGCCAUUUUUGUAUGAAAAAAGUAAUGUUUUUCGGUAUUAUUUAAAGUUUUUUCUUUAUUAUGCAUAUGUGUUAAUUACUUGUACGGUGCUCUUGCCUGUAGUGUUAAUAUAUCCUCGCGACGUAACAAACCUAAUAGUUGCCUCCAGAUUUUGCCGUUACGCCUCUCAUAUAGUAGGUAUAGAAUGGGAACUGCGAGGGAUGGAAAACUGGAAUACAGAACAAUGUUAUAUUGUGAUAUCGAAUCACCAGAGCUCACUAGACAUAUUAGGUAUGUUUGAGAUGUGGCCUCGUAUGAAACGCUGCACAGUUGUAGCGAAAAGGCCUUUAAUGUUUACUGGAGCAUUUGGGUUUGGAGCCUGGCUAUCAGGGCUUGUGUUUAUUGAUCGUCUCAAAACAGAGCGAGCUCGCCAACUAAUGAAGGAAGCCACAGCAAGAGUCAUAAAAGAAAAAACAAAACUGUGGAUAUUUCCUGAGGGUGCUCGGUUCAACAAAGGAAGUAUACAGACAUUCAAGAAAGGUGCUUUCUAUUUAGCUAUUGAUGCCCAGAUUCCUAUAAUGCCAGUAGUCUUCAGUCAAUACUAUUUUCUUGAUAGCGAGACAAAGACAUUUGAACCAGGUAAGGUGAUCAUAACUACUUUACCACCAAUACCCACUAGUGGGAUGACCCGUGAUGAUGUAGAGGCUCUCUCUGAAAUGGCUCGUCAACAAAUGAUAGAUGUAUUUCAUGAAAGUUCUAAAGACUUGGUCAUGCAGAAGAAAAUUGCUAUUUAAACUUUACACUUGACAUUCCAUUGGCAUCAACAAUUUAAAAAAUGAUAUUAUCCUCAUAGAUUUAAGUCUAUAUGUUAUUGAUAUUUUGUGUCUGUUAUUAAUUAUGCCUUAGUGGCUGCUAAUAUUUCCUAUUUUACCAUGUAUCAUGGAUGCUGCGAAUAUUUAUUAUUUUCUUAUUUUGUGUACAUAAAGAAGUACUUGCAUUCAAGUGCCAAGUAUUCGCAACUCUGAAGUUAAUGUAUCUACUCAAGGCAAUUAUUGUUAGAUGAUAUUAUUCUAGUCCUGUUUUUGCUUUGUAAAACUAGUCAAAUGUAUUCAUUUGUUAUUGUAGUGUUAAGAUGAGGAUUAUUUCCUUUACCUAGUCAUAUUUUAUAAGUUAUACUCACCAUUUAGUUGACUGAUAUACCCAACCAAAGUAUGAUCUUCCUCUUUUGUCCUUUAGAAUUUUUAUUUUUUAUUCUGAAUUAUUAUAAUAAGAUACUCAACCAUUUUUAUUGUGUAACUAGUACUUAAGAUAUGAUUUAUUUGUGUUGUGUAGAUAUUUCUUGCCAGUAAUAAGUAUCCUAUUUCUUGGGCUAUAGGGUGUGAUUAACUAAACACGUUACACAGAUACACCUUGCUGUAUUGCUUUAUUUUAAUUAAAAAAGAGUGCAUGGAGAUCUCAGUCUAAAUUAGUCAUGAUCUGGACUUGUUUUAGUCUGUCCGUACACACUAGGGGCGAAACUAAAUAAUAGCGAAACUAGAUAAUGAUAAAAAAUUGAACACACAGAGCUCCAUUGAUUCAUAUAGAAAUGA